GUUUUUGCAGAGACAAGUGAAGAUGCCGACAGGCGUGAGAGACGACGUGAUUGUGGAAGACGUGGACAUGGACGAUUCCCAAUAUGACGACUCCAUCAAGGACGUUGAUGUGGUUGGAUUAGAUGCAGAAGUUGAAACGUUCCUGCUGCAAGUGAAGCUCCAGAUGGACGAACGCGACGCCGCGGGUGUGACGAUGGUCUUUGAAUCGUUCACGUCCGUCCUCGUGCAAUGUUUUGUCCCGCUUCUCGAGCAAAGUUCCAUGCUUCCGAUAGUGCCAAUGGUCCAUCUACGAGUUGCCGAGUUGGAUCAUGCGUACUUGGUGGAAGUGCUGUCCAAUACCCAUAUAUAUGUCCCUCACGAACUCAUCACGAAAUCCACCACGGGGUCGACAUCGACAUAUCAUGUGAACCUACCCCUUCUGCAGACGCCGUUGAAGCAAGACUUUGUCCGCGUGGCGCCCAAGCUCGUCACCGAGUUCAUCAAGCAAAUGCACAGCUUUGACCCGCAACCGCCGCCACCACCAAUUCCGAGUGCCGCUCAGUCUCCUCCCUCCCGACGACGACCUUCUCCUGCCGUAGUUCUUCCAUCCGACUGCACGCUUUUUCCUCUCGCGCAUGUCCCCGGCACGCUGUUUCACGGGAACGACGUCACGGGCGCCGUCGUCACGGCCAUUCUCGUGGGUGUCACCCCCUCGUCCUUGUAUAUCCUGCAUCCCGGCCCCACUCAUCAUCAACACGACCUGGCCGCGGUGCACCAAGUAAUCCCCCUCAAGGAUAUUGCGCGGGUCGUCCUCAAGCGCGGGGCAAACCAGUCGUUCGUCUUGCAUUUCAAAGCCCCCGGCACCCCAUGCAAGCCUAUUUUUUCUCAAAACAGCGAGCGCAUCGUGGCCACGGUCGAAGCGAACAUGGAGAAUCACAACUCGACCAAGCGGCGCUUGGAGCAAUCGGCCCGUGAGCACGACGACCCCCGACGGCCCCGCCUCGCCAAGCGAUCCAGUGGCUUUGACAUGUCAUCCUUCUUUUCCAACGUGGAAAAGGUCACCAAAGAGGUAUGUAUCGGACACGAUCGAUGACAUUGAGAUCGGUUUGUGUGUUUGGUUAUGUAGAUGUCGCAAAAGGUGGUGGGUAGUUUCAAUGAAGUGUCCAAGCUGCUCAGUGGCGAAGCGCCGCCGCUCACGCUCGUCGCCAUCUCGCAAAUGGAAGCUCAUUUCUUCCGACGACCGAGUCCAGCGCAGCUGUUUGCCAUCACCGAAGGCUACAAGACGGUUGUCCAGCUCCAUGCCCGGCAAAAAGUGGAUGCAAGCGACGACGUGGCCGACCAAGCAGAAACGAAUCUGCUGACGUUUGUGCGCCAACCUCAAGUGCAGCGAGUGCUCCAUUCGACAACAUAAAUCUAUUUUUGAGAUAACUUAGUACGCCGCCGUAUAGUCUAACUUUGGAAAAUACACUUUGAACGUCGUGCUUAGUGGUUGCUGUAAAACUGUGUGGUUGACAGGAGCUUGUGGUUUCCGUGACUGCUUGAGCUGGUCCAAUUUGCCCUUGACAAAUAGCGCCGACCACCACUGGUUGAUUGACACAAUCCGUUCGUGCUGCACGGACGCGGCGCCGACGGAUGCCGAGGCGCGGCGGAGGGGAGGGCUCCAUGAUGUCGUACGGUCGUCCUCCUGCAUAUAUUGCAUAGUAUUUGUGACGGCAGAUGGGGCGUUUCGAAAUGACCACUACUGUGCCACCCACAACAAACAUAUCUGACCCCAACAAACGGCCAUGAAUCUAUAUUUAGCUCAUAGAUUGAA